UCCUGGGCACCCAUCACCCAUGGACGACUCGGAGGUGGAGUCGACCGCCAGCAUCCUUGCGUCCGUCAAGGAGCAGGAGGCGCAGUUCGAGCAGCUGACGCGGGCGCUGGAGGAGGAGCGGCGCCAUGUCUCGGCCCAGCUGGAGCGAGUCCGCGUCUCCCCGCAGGACGCCGGCCCGGGCCUGCCCAACGGCACGCUCACCCGGCGGCACCAGAACGGCCGUUUCUUGGGUGAUGCUGACCUGGAAAGGCAGAAAUACUCAGAUCUGAAGCUCAACGGGCCACAGGACCACAGCCACCUCUUGUACAGCACCAUCCCCAGGAUGCAGGACCCAGGCCAGAUCGUGGAGGAGACCUACACCAUGGAGGAGGACCCGGAGGGAGCCAUGUCGGUAGUGUCUGUGGAGACGUCGGACGAUGGGACCACUCGGCGUACAGAGACCACGGUGAAGAAAGUGGUAAAGACUAUGACCACCCGGACAGUGCAGCAGGUGCCCAUGGGGCCUGAUGGGUUGCCCUUGGAGACCUCCCCUGUCACCAGCAGCUAUGUCCAGACCAUGGACAGGAACUUCCGCAAGAAUGGCAAUGGUGGCCCCAGCGGCUACCUGGGGCAGCCGGGCACAGCCACCCUCCCCCGUAACUACCACUACCCUGACGGCUACAGCCGGCCCUACGAGGACAGCUACCCGGGCAGCGACCACAGCUAUGGCAGCCUGUCCCGCGUCACCCGCAUCGAGGAGCGCUACCGCCCCUCCAUGGACACCUACCGGGCCCCCAGCCGCCAGGACAUCUACGGCCCCCAGCCCCAGGUGCGCGUCGGGGGCAGCAGCAUGGACCUCAACCACUUCCACCCCGAGCCCUACGGCCUGGAGGAUGACCAGCGCAGCGUGGGCUUCGAAGACGUGGACUACGGGCUCAUGUCUGACUAUGGCACUGCCAGGCAGGCAGGCACCCCCUCCGACCCUCGGCGACGGCUCAGGAGUUAUGAGGACAUGCUGGUGGAUGAGGUGGCCCCUGACCGGUACUACUGGGCCCCCCUGGCCCAGCACGAGCGGGGCAGCCUCGCCAGCCUGGACAGCCUGCGGAAGGGCGGCCCGGUGGCGGGCAGCUGGCGCCAGCCGGAGCUGCCGGAGGUGAUCGCCAUGCUCAGCUUCCGCCUGGACGCCGUCAAGUCCAAUGCUGCUGCCUACCUGCAGCACCUCUGCUACCGCAAUGACAAGGUGAAGACGGAGGUGCGCAAGCUGAAGGGCAUCCCGGUGCUGGUGGGCCUGCUGGACCACCCCAAGAAGGAGGUGCACUACAGCGCCUGCGGGGCCCUCAAGAACAUCUCCUUCGGCAAGGACCAGGACAACAAAAUCGCCAUCAAGAACUGCGACGGAGUCCCCGCCCUCGUGCGCCUGCUGCGGAAGGCCAAUGACAUGGACCUGACAGAGGUUAUCACCGGAACGCUCUGGAACCUGUCCUCGCACGACUCCAUCAAGAUGGCCAUCGUGGAUCAUGCGCUGCACGCCCUGACCGAUGAGGUGGUCAUCCCCCGCUCCGGCUGGGAGCGGGAGCCCAACGAGGACUCCAAGCCACGCCACAUGGAGUGGGAGUCGGUGCUCACCAACACUGCUGGCUGCCUCAGGAACGUGAGCUCAGAGCGGAGUGAGGCACGUCGGAAGCUGCGGGAAUGCGAUGGGCUGGUGGAUGCUCUGAUCUAUGUUGUCCAGUCUGAGAUAGGCCAGAAGGAUUCUGACAGCAAGCUGGUGGAGAACUGUGUGUGCCUGCUGAGAAAUCUGUCCUACCAAGUCCACCGUGAGAUCCCCCAUGCUGAACGCUACCAGGAGACUCCUCUGACCCCUGCCAACAAUGCUGGGCCCCAUGCUGCAAGCUGCUUUGGCACCAAGAAGGGCAAAGACGAGUGGUUCUCCAGAGGUAAAAAGCUCCCAGAAGAGCCUGGUGCUGAUGCAGUGGAUUUUCCCAAAAGAACAACUCCAGCCAAAGGCUAUGAGCUGCUCUUCCAGCCAGAGGUGGUGCGGAUAUACAUCUCCCUUCUGAAGGAGAGCAAGACUCCAGCCAUCCUCGAGGCUUCAGCAGGAGCCAUUCAGAACCUGUGUGCUGGCAGCUGGAUGUACGGCCGCUGCAUCCGCUCGGCGCUGCGCCAGGAGAAAGGGCUCUCCGCCAUCGCUGACCUGCUGAGCCAUGACAGCGAGCGUGUGGUGAAGGCUGCCUCCGGCGCCCUGCGCAACCUGGCUGUGGACACCAGGAACAAGGAGCUGAUAGGUAAACAUGCCAUCCCUAACCUAGUGAAGAACCUGCCUGGAGGCCAGCAGACCCCAGCCAAGAACCUCUCUGAGGACACAGUGGUGUCAAUCCUCAACACUAUCAAUGAAGUAAUUGUAGACAACCUAGAGGCUGCCAAGAAGCUGCGAGAAACGCAGGGGAUUGAGAAGUUGGUGCUGAUCAACAAAUCUGGGAACCGCUCAGAGAGAGAAGUCAGAGCAGCUGCCCUCGUCCUGCAGACAGUCUGGGGGUACAAAGAGCUGCGGAAGCCCCUCGAGAAGGAAGGUUGGAAGAAGUCAGACUUCCAGGUGAACCUGAGCAAUGCAUCUCGGACCCAAGGAGGCAACUCCUUUGAUGACAGCACCUUGCCUCUCAUCGACAGGAACCAAAAAUCAGACAAGAAAUCCUCCCGGGAGGAGAUCCAGAUGAGCAACAUGGGACCAGGUAGGAGAGGGAAUGGGUAUUCCACACUCAAUGAGAGGGACCACAGCAGGACACUGGAUCGGUCUGGUGACCUGGGAGACAUGGAGCCGGUGAAGGCAGUACCCUUGAUGCAGAAGAUCUAAGCUGCCAUCCCUGCCUCCCCUCACUUUGGGUUG